GCCAAGAAGUCCUCCCGCACCGUCCAUCUCGCUCCCCACGAGUUUCCCACGCCCCACAAUGUGCAACAUGACCCCUCACUGUUCACCACCAUCCACACUCCCUAUGGCUGGGUACCAGUCCCCAAGAAGUGCUACUCGUUCAAGUGGACCAAAGACCAGCUCGACCUCCGUAUACAGGCACAGUAUGGCACUUCCUCGCCGUCGUUGUCAGAGUUGCAGCAGUUGGUGUGUGACUGGGCCUCCACUGUAGAUACCUCUGUCAUCCCCAAGACCGAAAAGCCCACUGCCCGCGAGUUGGCCCAAGUGAAGGAAGAUGCAUUGUACCGGUCGCAGCUCAAGUUCGAGAUCUACGAUGGCGAGGGCAACAAGAACGGCACCGUCAACAAGAGACCAUUCUUGCAGAAAACCACUCAAGGAGACAAAACGGUGUUGCGAGGCACCGUCAACUUCACCCAUGCCUGGAACUACUUCUACCUGAUCACAUAUCCCCAGUACAGCGAGUUGCCCCAGGGUCAGGGUACCAAAAAGGUACUGGCCCUCUGGAACGAGAUGAAGAUGGAUGAGAAGGAGGUGUACCGCCAAAAGUAUGCCGACUUGUUGAAGGAGGGAAACGACAUCUACAAGGGCAAGAUCGUCACCAUCGAAGAAAAAAUGAAA